CUCGUCUCCAGUCUGUCACAGAUCAGUCUCUCUCUCUCAUCCCGGUUGUGGAGGCAGAAGAAAUCUGCAGCAGUGGAACGACAACAACACACACGCACACAGACACACACGGGCGCGCUGUGUGUAGACUUCUUGUCCAUGAAGCUAAGGUGUUACAGGGAGAAGUUGCUGUGAGAGUUUCUGAGGACUGGAUAUUCUGCUGCUGAAUUCUGCGUCUGAGCCUCCGUAUCUGUCCCUCUGUCCGUUUGUGGGAGCCUUCGUCUUAUCCUGGGGUCCCAAGGCUUCACACUGGCUGAGCUGCAGCCAUGGAGGUGGCCCUGGUAGACUUUGAGAGCCUGGAGAACCUCAACAGCAUCGUUGAGGAUGACGUCGACACCUACGCUGAUGAGACCACUGCUCUCACGGUGGACAUGCCUCCAGAUCACCAAAACCCAGGCAGCAACUACCUCCCGAAAGCCCCUCAGCUUUCCUCCACGCCGUCCCACCACGGUGCAAUGCCAUCUAUGAGCAGGCAGGGGCGCCCCAGCUGCGCCAGCAUCAUCUCCAACUGGAAACUGCUGCUCAGCAGUGAGGGCACGAAGGAGAGUGAAGUGAUCUUUAGUAGACUCGCCAAGGAGUGCUGCGAAGAUCUGUUUGUAGACAAACGAGAGUUUGACGAGGGAGAUCAGAAGGUCAUCAUCAACAUCGCUGGUCUUCGUUUUGAGACACAGCUCAAAACAUUGGACCAGUUCCCUGAGACGCUGCUCGGAGAUCCUUUGAAAAGGAUGGAGUACUUUGAUCCAAUGAGGAAUGAGUACUUUUUUGAUCGGAACAGGCCCAGUUUUGACGGGAUCUUGUACUACUACCAAUCAGGGGGUAAAAUCCGACGACCGGCUAAUGUUCCCAUUGAUGUAUUUGCUGAUGAAAUUGUGUUCUAUGAGCUCGGAAACGAGGCUCUGGAGCAGUUUAGGGAAGACGAAGGAUUUAUAAAAGAUACCGAGGUACCUCUUCCUGAUAACGACGUACACAAACAAUUCUGGCUGCUCUUUGAGUAUCCUGAGAGCUCCAACGCAGCCCGCGCUGUCGCACUGGUGUCUGUGUUUGUUAUUGUCAUAUCCAUCAUUAUUUUCUGCCUGGAAACGCUCCCAGAAUUCAGAGACGACUAUGACCCAAUUGUGCCCAUGGUGCUGCAACCCUUGAACCAGUCCAGAGUGUCCACAGCGGCGCCCAGCACCAAGCUCCCGACCUUUUCCGAUCCGUUCUUCAUCAUCGAGUCUGCGUGUAUUGCUUGGUUUGGCUUUGAGCUGUGUGUGCGGUUUGUGGUCUGUCCAAGCAAAAGGGAAUUCUUCCACAACCUCAUGAACAUCAUUGACGUCGUAUCCAUAAUCCCCUAUUUUAUUACUUUGUUUACAGAACUCAUCACAACGCCGGAAAUGGGCUCGGGGCAGAACAUGUCUCUGGCCAUUCUUCGCAUCAUCCGCCUCGUCCGGGUGUUUCGCAUAUUCAAACUCUCGCGUCACUCAAAGGGGCUGCAGAUCCUCGGACAGACUCUCAAAGCAAGCAUGCGAGAGCUGGGCUUGCUCAUUUUCUUCCUCUUCAUCGGAGUCAUCCUCUUCUCCAGCGCUAUCUAUUUUGCGGAGGUGGAUGAGCCCAGCACUCAGUUUGUCAGCAUCCCUGAUGGUUUCUGGUGGGCUGUGGUCACCAUGACCACCGUGGGCUAUGGAGACAUGUGUCCCAUCACCGUGGCGGGUAAGAUGGUGGGCACCUUGUGCGCCAUCGCGGGAGUGCUGACCAUCGCUUUGCCCGUCCCCGUCAUCGUUUCUAACUUCAACUACUUCUACCACAGAGAGACAGAGGCGGAGGAAAAGUUGCCCGCGACAGACAGCGUUGACAAAUCCAUGAAGGCCGAGAUGGGAAGCAACUCCUCGCUCAAUAUGGCCUCUAAUGGCAUCUGGCAAAAGGACAAAGGCAAAUAAAUGUGGAAGAAGAAGAAGGAGGGGACAAUAAAGACUUGUCUUCACUUUGUGAAGUGUGGUUCUCACUCACUGAAAACACAACAACUAAUUCUAUGGUAUAUUAAAGCCGAACUAUGCAGGAUUUUUACACUAAGCUUCAGAGUCAUUGUGAUGGUUAAAUGUCUUGUUAGGGGAGAUUGGAGGCUUUCUCCACUGCCCCCUACUGUCUGUUAGCAGAAAACCAGUCUUGCAAGAUCAGGGCCGCCGAUCCUGACUCCUCACAACCCGGAGGUCUCGCGAAGUCUUGGGUCUCCAGGUAGUGAUAUUAUUUUAGAUAUUUAGAUCAUGGCAAGAUGUCGUUUAUGGUGAGGUUAUAAAAAAUUUGUACUCCGAAACAGUAGGGGGAGCUCAAAGUUAUGCUUUAAAAAAAAACUUGAUCUCACUUGUUCCAACAGAAAACUGAAGUUUGUAGAGCACUCACUCUCCCACACCAAAGUCCAGAGAGAAAAUCAGUGACUUGAGCUGCUGGUCCUCUGCUACCUCGUGUGGUCACUUUGUGUGACCACACGAGGUCAAUCAGUUUGCUACAAUCUGAGGUCAAUCUGAACGUUGGAUUUCAAACAGGGCCACACGGUUGGUGUAGUGGUUAGCGCUCUUGCCUUUGCAGCAUGAAGAGCAGGGUUCGGGCACUGGGGUCACACCUGUUCUCCCUGUGCGUGGGUGUUCUCCGGGUUCUCCGGGUUCCUCCCAUAGUCCCACAUGCAAUAAGGGGAUUAGGUCAACAGGAGGAUCAUUUCAAACACUGAAGUGACAAAUGAAGACAUUUGAAGAAGCAGUGGAUCAACGACUCCUGUGUGUUGUGGUUCAUGGUGUGGGAGAGUGAGUGACAACUUAAACUUUCCUGUCAGAAAAGUCACUGAACAUUAUAUUAUGAAGGUUUUAAGCUGAUUUAAAAUAGAUAACGUCAUCAUUGACCAACCACACUUCACAAAAACCUCUAAUAUCUCAUUGAUUGAAGUAUUUCCUGUUCCUGUAACAUGAUUUAUACUGAAAUACACGCUCUAUUCACCUCUUCAGUGUCUAUUAUGAAAAUGACAUGAAAUGAUUCAUGUCUUUUUUCAUGUGUUUUUUGGUGUGUCGUCAUAUUUCACAGAGCAGAAGUUAGUGGAAAAGAAAGUAAG